CAAAAUGGUACAACACAUCUCUUCCAGUAAAUCACGUGACAACCAAGACCAAUGUAAAGAAAGGAAAUGUAGCCUACAGCUACAGCUGCUGUUCAGUAUGCUUUCAAAUUCAAACUCUCGUCUGUCUGCUGUACGAUUGGACACGAACAAUGGGGAUUUUAUCAAAGUCCAUUCGGAACCGGCAUGAUUCGCCUAGGAACGUGUGUGACUUGACUUCUUUUAAAGGACAAGAUGUCAUGUCUACAUGGGAAACUAAUGUUUCUUGGAAGAUACAAUAUGAUUGUACAUCUGAACCAUUCACAAAACCAACGUUGUCUUCUACACUGAUAAACAGAAUGACAACGUUUACAUUAGGAUCAAAGAAACAAAGCAUCACAUUGGACACUUUUAAACACAUUAUAGGAGACCUGGCAACACAGUUAGAAAGAGUCACAACAAAGGUUUUUCGACAGUCUGAAGCUUACAGUGUGGUAGAUGAUUUGAGUUUGGAGGAGUGUAAAGUUUUUACAGACAGAUGGUCUGAGGAACUUAAGUGUUUGCGUUCAAAAUACAGAAGCCACCUAGGCAAGAUUUCCAAUGUUGAGAGAUUCAGAAGGAGUCUGGAAGGUCUAAACAUCAGAGAAGAUCAAUUUCAGAAACUGACAGAAGCUCAGAAAGAUUUUCUCUGGUUUAUUCAUAUUUUGAAGUCCCUUCCAAAGUCCUCAGUGUGUCAAGAAGGGUGCGCUAGAGUAGAGCUGUUGAAUUUUUACAGACAGUGGAAGAAAGGGCAGUUGAUCAACAUGCUUCCUAUCAUAGACUUUAUCAUGAAGACACUACUUAAGGAAAAGGAUUCCAUUUUGAAAAGGAAGCUUCAACAUAGAUCAGCAUAGAUGGAAACAGCUGAAAAAAGCACAAAUGUCAGGGCAUGUCAAAACUUCUCCAGGCCCCAAAUCAGCCUCAGACCCCUGAGGGUUAAUAAAAAUUUGAACUGCAUUUCUAAAAGACUUGAUUAACAAAUCCUCACCUUGGUAUCACCAUUUCACCAGUGAGCUUCAGAAGCACAAGAACUUAACAGGAUUUAACUUGCCAGGAUUAAAGCAAGCAUAGUGGACAUGCUUGCUUGUAAUGAAGAACAGAAGGCAUUUGAGCGCUAAAGACAAACAAGUGUGACUGACUGAUAUCAAAGUGGAUGGUAAAUACAUGGAAAAUCAGAUGGAAAUGUUCGGAGAAAUUUCUGAUUAUUUCAUUAUUUAAUUAUUCUUACAUUUCUUCUAUCUGCACAGUAUCAAAUGAAUAGUAUCAAAUGCACUUACAUCGAUAUAGAUACAAAAUAAAUAUGAUCUCAUACACAAUA